CCCAUCCUCAGCGUGCUCGGGAUUGUGGGCAACACCGUCAACAUGAUCGUGCUGUGCCGGCACGGCUUCAAGGAGACCACCAACAUCAUUCUCGUGUCCCUGGCCCUCAACGAUUUUUGCUAUUCGGUACUGAACCCCAUCUGCCGGUUGAAAAGAGUGAUCGUGUACCUGGACCUGCCGCUGUCUGUGACGUUUACAACCUUCAUUAACAUCUACGUGUAUCCGGUGGUGGACGUGUUCGUCGGCUUGAGUUUCCUCCACGUGACCGCCAUCGCCGUCGAAAGAUUUGUGGCGGUCUUCUUUCCAUUCUACGUGUCUCGUGUCUUCACGCCUUAUCGUGUCAAGGUCAUGCUGACAUUUUUAUACGUGUACACGGCUGGAUUCAUAGCCCCGUUAUUCUUCAACUCCACCUACGAAUGGUUCUAUGACACCGGCUACAAUGUCACGGUGGCCCGUUUAAUCAACACCCGAUUCUAUUUAGACAACUACGGUACUUUCAAUCUGUACCUCGGCGUUCUCUUGAACAAUCUAUUCAGUACGUUCACGCUGGCCAUAAUUAUCGUUUGCUCCGUCGCCAUCAUCGUCAAGUUAAAAAUCAUGAGCUUCUCGGACAAACAGAAAAACCCUGAAACAUCUACGAAAACUAAAUCGCCGAAGAAUGUCAAGGUCGUCAAGAUGCUGCUCGCGGUGUGCCUGGUCAAUCUGGUCGCGUUCCUCCCCUCAGCCAUCCUGGACGUCUACCGCAGGUAUGUGAUGAUUGACUACUUCUCCGGUGAGAUCAAUGCCGUGAUCGGAAACGUCAACGAGACGCUCUACCAGUUCAACGUCUCGGUCAAUUUCAUCAUCUACGUCACGAUGAGUUCGAAGUUCGCGAGCACC